AUGCCGUUCGCCAAGCGGAUUGUGGGGCCGCCGCUACUGUGCAGACACGAGAUCCCCCACGAAGAGGGUCUCCUCUUCGAGGACCUGUGCUCCAUCAGUAACGUGGUCCUGUCGCGGACGCUGCGCCAGCUCUCCGACCUGGCCAGGCACGCCUGCUCGCUGUUCCAGGAGCUGGAGAACGACAUCAUCACCACCAACCAGCGGGUUUGGGUCCUGCAGAACAAGAUAGGCCAGAUCCAGCAGACCGCCGGCGGACUGGACCCUAAGAAGGAGGCAGUGCCGGUGUCUAACCUGGAGGUGGAGAGUAAGCUGCUGGUCCACCACCAGGCUCCAUGGCACCAGCAGCACAACGUCUUCCACCCGUGCACCCGGCCGCCCUGUGUGGAGGAGCUGCACCGGCACGCCCAGCUCAGCCUGCGCGCCCUGCACAGAGAUGAGCUGCAGCGGCAGCGGUCCACCAGCAGAGUGAAGAUCUGCGUCUCGGUGGCGCCCCCUAUGCCCACCUUCCCCUCACCACACACCAUCCGCCGGCAGCAGAGGAGCGGCCUGGCCCGCGCGCAAGAGAGAGCGGAGAGAGAGCGUGAGAUCGACCAGCAACCACUCAAGGAGAGGGCAAUAAGGGAACCAGAACCACAGACGCUACAGAGAAAGGAACGGCCAAGAAGAGAGGCUGAUUUUCAGACCAUUCAGAGAAAGCCCGUCUCCACCACUGAAGAUGAGGCCAGCGAACCUCCGGGGGGCCACAGAGCCAGGGGCCAGGUCUCCAGGGGUCAGGUCUCCAAGGGCCCCACCACGGCCGACAAGCAGACCAGCUGGUCCAAGGAGUCCCUCUCCACCACGGACCAACAGACGGAACCCACCUCCAUCUCCUCCUGCAUCAUCCCCAUUAAUGUCACAGGCGUGGGCUUCGACAGGGAGGCCAACGCGCGCUGCUCCCUGGUCCACUCCCAGUCGGUGCUGCAGCGGAGGAGGAAGCUGCGCAGGAGGAAGACCAUCACGGGGAUACCCAAGAGAGUCCAGCAGGACAUGGAUUCGGACGAGUCCCCAGUAGCGAGGGAGAGGACCGUAGGGCUCCAUGCAAACGCCCAGCAGCUGGCCCUCUGUCAGGAGGAGCUGUGCCUCUCGGGACGCCUCCAUCACACGCGAGACUCCGGCUGCCAAACCGACGACUUCCUCAUAUCCUCCUCGGCAGCACCCUCCAGGCGGCGCAUCCGAGCGCAGCGCGGCCACCAGGGCAUCCCGGCCUCGCUGUCCCACUCCACGGGGAACAUCUCGUCCCUGGGCGACCCGUGCGACGGCACCUACACCGGCACCACCUCCAACGGCAUCCGCUUGCGCUCCCGCAGUUUGCCCCGCGAAGGCGGACGUCUCAUGGACAGCGACGACGACGACGACGACGACGACGACGACGACAACUACGACGACGACGACGACGAAGACGAGGAGCUGUCGCCCUACGAGGCGGAGGACUUCCUGCCCGGCGGGCCCAGCCCCCGGAUGAUGAUGAUGAUCAUGAAGGACGAGGAGGAGAGCACGGACGACCAGGCGGCCCCCGAGCCCUUGCAGCUGGGCAGCCUGAAGAGGAUGCAGCGCUCCGGGGAGCGGGACCGGGACCGGGGCUGCGGCGGAGGUGGGAGUCCCGAGCACGGCUGGAUGGAGAGGGGUCGCUCCCGCCUGCCCCGCAAGGCCGACAUGGGCAGCUGCGAGAUCUCGUCCAGCUCGGACACCUUCAGCAGCCCCAUCCACUCGGCGUCCACCACGGGGGUCCUCGGCGGCCACGUGGACCACAAGGAGGACCACCAGUCGUCCAGCGGCAACUGGAGCGGUUCGAGCUCCACCUGUCCCUCCCAGACCUCGGAGACCAUCCCGCCUCCUUCCUCGCCACCCCUCACGGGCUCCUCCCACUGUGACUCUGAGCUGUCACUCAACACUGUGCCCAACGCCAUCGACGAAGGCUUCGUCCUGGACACCUCCUACCACUCAGACCUCAGACCUCAGGGCCAGGGCCAUCGCUCCAGCUCCUUCACCUCCUCGGCCACGGACCAGCUGGACGACGCCGGGGUCAGUACGGCCAGUGAAGGGGAGUGGACCUACCCGCAGGACCACGACCAGGCAGACCCGGACCAGGACCCGGAGAACAACCAGGGCCGGAGCCUCAAGCCCGGGCUGGAGGACCCGACCUGCUUCACCGACAAGACCAGCAACCCGGAGAAACAGCCUGACUCUCUAUACCAGUCGGACACAGAGGGAUUUUACUCCUCUGGGCACUUUGGAGAAUACAACCAGAGCUACAGAGGACCCAUGUACAACUAUGCAGACCCAGAGCCUGGCUGUGGCCCACCCAGCACUGUGGUAGCCCCUCUAGCCCAUGGAGUUUACAACCAGCCCCAGUCGGACUACAGACUGGGCACGAUGACCCUGGGGAGAACCUGCCGUCCACUGAGGAAGUCAAAGGCCAAGCCCCCGCCACCCAAGCGGAGUUCAUCCCUGAAGGACCCCGUCGCUACUGUCGACGCGGGGACAGCCGUGGCUGUGGAGCUGGAACAGGAGCAACCAAAGACAGUUAGCGAUCAAGACCUCACCUUGUCUUCCAGAGAUAUGAAGUUGGACCUGGAGCUCGAGCUGGCAGCGCCUCCGGAGCCCCUCCAGACCUCCUGCCUCGUGGCCGAGCCCUUGGGGACCUGGGGGAUAGAGCUGAGGGAAACGGUGGACAUCGUGGAGCCCAUGUCCUUCGGAUCCACGGACACACACUCGUUCAAAGACGACGGCGCCGUGCAGUCCGACUAUGCAGACCUGUGGCUCCACAACCACGAGCUACGGUCCGGCAACGGGGAAUACACAUCCAUGUCCAACUCCAGUACAGCCACCGGCACCACCGUCAUGGAGUGCAUCAAGUCUCCGGACAGCUCCACCUCGUCUACCGAGAGCCAGACCCCGGCCCCCAACCCACCACCUAUAGAGUGCAGGGCCUCCAGCCCCCCUCUGCCCCCCACUGAAGGAGACUUCAAGCUGGGCUCGCCGGAGAAGCUGGCCGGCCUUGCCUCCCCCUCCAGCGGCUACUCCAGCCAAUCGGAGACGCCGACGUCGACCUUCCCCUCUUCCUCCGCGGCGUUCUUCCCCGGGCCGCUGUCUCCGACGAGCGGGAAGAGGAAGCCCAAAGUGCCGGAGCGGAAGUCCUCUCUCUCCUCACUGCAGCACUUUCCCCGGGAAGGAAACCCCAUGAGCUCUUCCUACAAGAGAGACCCCGACUUCCCCCCUCCUCCCUCCCAGCUGGACCUCCACGUCCUGCACGGCGGACACGCCCGGUACACGCUGGCCCACCGGACGCAUCACAUGCACACGCUGCACCACAGCAAGCCCCGGAUCCUCACCGCCGUGGUCGCGGGCGCUCGGUGCUCGACGGCGGAGAAGCUGAACUCCAACCCGCUGAACUCCAACCCCAUCCCGCUGAUCCCCAGUGCUAAUCUGCUGGCCAUCACGCCGUCCGCCCUGCGCGCCGUGCAGCUGCGCUCCGUGGCCCAGCCCCGAGAGGAGAGCUCCGGACCUGCGGAGAAACCAGCGGUCCACAGGUUGGAGACGGCCACCAGGCCCAAGUACGCCCCCAGCGCUACGACGCUGGCGCCGCCUCCGGUCAACACCAGGCCCCUCCCGCCUCGUCGACCGCCUCCCCAAAGACCCUCAGCUCAGGACCACACCUCCUCCCCCGACCACGCCCAUCCCCCCUCCCAGCCGCCCGCCCCGCCCCCCCCAGGACGCCACCCAGACGGCCCGCCCCCCUACGAGAGCUUGCGGCUCAGACAGGACCGCUACGGCCCCGGGACCCUCUGGGCCAUGUCGGCCUUCAGAACCCGGGUGGAGCCGCUGGCCUGCAUCCCCCUGGAGGACUCCCCCCUGCAUCGGCCAGUCCCCCGCGCCCCCAACCCCUCCCCGGUGGACCUCCACACACACAUCAACUCCCACGUGGAGUUCAGGGGGCUGACGCCCACCUCGGACCUGAAGCACCCAGAGUUCAGGGUGCUGGGGGAGCGCACGUUCUCCUUGGACGAGGAUGAGGAGGAAGAGGAGGAGGAGGAAGAGGAGGAGGAAGAGGAGGAGCCCGCGCCUCCACGGAGGACGUGCGCUCCGGUGUGCUCCGGCAGGAUCGGGCCGCGGUCAGACCAGCCUCCGCCCCCGGCGUACUGCCACGCCGCGGGGUACCACUCAGACUCAGGGUCCUGGGCCAGUCCAGCCAAAGUGCCUGGUGCCUCCAUGGACACAUCGCACCCUUACCCAAUCAGCGAUGUGCGACUAGCACGGCGGGAACGCGAGGAGGAGGAGGAGGAAGUGACAUCAGGUGCUACCCGAAGUGCCCAUCAGCAUCCGCUGUCUGAGGGCAGGGACGACUCCACCACCCCCGACACGGAGGACUACUUCAGUAAAGAUUCCACACCCAGUGACAAUUCCCUGUCGCCAAUGAUGGACGACUCCAAAGUGGACGAUGACAUCAUGUUCACAUCGCCCAACAAGAUGCGGACAACGGAGGACUUAUUUGCAAUGAUACACAGGUCCAAGCGGAAGGUGCUGGGCCGCAAGGACUCCGGGGACAUGAGCCUGAAGUCCCGCGUCCUGUGUCCCCCUCCCCCGCCGCCGCCCUGCGUGGUGGUCCCCUCCAUCGUCCUCCCCCCCGCCCCCCUCUUCUGCCCCCCCGUGCCCCCGCCCUGCCUCCCCCCUCCGUGCCUGCCGCCCCCCAGCCUGGCCCAGCGGGCGCCCGUCCCCAUCUACCGGAGCGCCAAGAAGUCCAGCACCUCCAACGAGGAGUUCAAGCUCCUCCUCCUCCGCAAGGGCAGCCGCUCCGACUCCAGCUACCGCAUGUCGGCCACCGAGAUCCUCAAGAGCCCCAUCACGCCCAAGACCCCCGGGGACCCCCUGGAGGGGGGCCGCCCGCCGUCGGCCGACGAGCCCCCCUGCGGCUACCAGCAUGAGGGUUCCCCGGGGGUCCCCGGCCUGGAGCCCAUCCAGAUCCCGGGGCUGUUCCCCAGGGCCAACGCCGAGAGCUUCACCCCCAAGACCCUCCCCCUGUCGGCGGUGUCCAGGCAGGGCCGCUCGCGCAUCCCCCCGGUGGCCAACAGCAGCCGCUACAGCACGCGCAGCCGGCUGUACACGGCGCCCAUGCAGGCCAUCUCCGAGGGCGACACGGAGAACUCAGACGGUAGCCCCCACGACGACAGGUCCUCCUGA